AUGGCCACCUUGACUGACGCUCUCGCCAUAUCCGGCGACUCGCUGCUCUACGACGAGCUUACUAUGGGUCGGUCUCUAUGUAAUACCUACCACCCAGAUGCCAUUUUUGAGAACUUUGAACAACUUGACGAUGGAUUGAAAAUUUUGCCAAAACUAAUGGAUUUGACACGGUUAGAGAAGUACUAUGUGGCCUCCUUGAAUGCAAUGCGAUGGUUCAAUCGUGUUGUUCAAUUCUCCUCUCUCCAAGGGCGAAUCUACAUACCUCCUGGUUUGGAACACCUCCCUCGCCUUUACAAAUCUCAAUACUAA